CACACUCACACACGCGUAGAUUGAGUCCCUUAAUCCCGCGCCGGAGUCCUGCGCUCUCCGCGCGCGUCGCUGUCCGCGGUGCUGAAAUCCCCUUUCCGGGCGCCGCCCAGUUCUCUGGGACGCUCAAAGUUCUCCGCCGGCCCGGAGCAGCGCCGCGCCUCCCCUGGCAGACCCUCUCGGACCCGGGAGCGAGAGGCGGACCCGAGCCAGGCUGGUGGAAAUCUUGCCUGCGGAGAGGGAGGAGUUGUCUAGGUGUGCGUGUGAAAGAGAGAGAGACAUCGGAUGCCUCUGCAGCGUCCCACGCAGGGCACGGGCAUUAGUGCAUGUGGGCAAACGCUGCCCCAAUGACGCUUCAAGCCCGUGUUGGUGGCGGAACGGGCACGGGGCCAGGCAGGCAGAGCCGGUGAUGGUUGCAUCCCCACGCACCGUUCCUCAAGUUGAGAUCGUGGUGCCAUAAGAGAGGGGGGGGUAAAAGAAAAGGAUUUGCGCUGCAGGAAGAGGGAAGAAGAGGAAGAGGGGGAAAGAAGAGAGAGAGAGAGAAGGAAGAAAGGAUAAGAGAGGACACAGAACGAGAGAAGGAAAGAAGAAAGGGGAAGCGGACAAAUAAAAAUAUCCUAUUAUCUAUCCAUCGACCGCACCAGCAGUGACCUCGCGCCCUCCCCAAAGAAGCCUCCGCGAUGUUUUGGUGGAGUCUUUAAUUUAUUUUUAACCUCCGUGUCGCCAAAGGUGAUACUGGGACAUAGCCCGGGGGGAACCUGCCUCUUUCUCUUAGCAGAAGAAGCCAGAAGCCAUGGAGAUUCGGACAGAAGAAUUAAGGAAGUUCGCCGGGAGGACCUUAGGGCAGUUAAACAGGAUCCUUGAUAAGAAACAGGCAGGUGGGGAGACCAUCGAGCUAACUGAAGAGGGCCGGCCUGUUGAGGUGACCGAGAAGCACCCGCCCAUCGUCGACUGCACCUGCUUUGGCCUUCCUCGCCGCUACAUCAUCGCCAUCCUCUGCGGCCUCGGCUUCUGCAUCAGCUUCGGCAUCCGCUGCAACCUGGGCGUGGCCAUCGUCAGCAUGGUCAACAACAACACCGUCUACGAAGGGGACAAACUCGUUGUGAAGAAAGCGGAGUUCAACUGGGAUCCUGAGACAGUAGGCAUGAUUCAUGGAUCCUUCUUCUGGGGUUACAUUGUCACCCAGAUCCCCGGAGGGUUCAUAGCACAGAAAUUUGCUGCUAACAGGGUUUUUGGCUUUGCCAUUGUGGCGACAUCAACCCUGAACAUGCUCAUUCCAUCGGCCGCAAGGGUCCACUUUGGCUGCGUGAUCUUCGUGCGGAUCCUGCAAGGCCUUGUGGAGGGGGUCACCUACCCAGCAUGCCACGGUAUCUGGAGCAAAUGGGCACCCCCCCUGGAACGCAGCCGCCUGGCGACAACAGCCUUCUGUGGCUCUUACGCAGGGGCUGUGGUGGCCAUGCCUCUCGCGGGGAUCCUAGUGCAGUAUUCCGGGUGGAGCUCAGUAUUCUACGUCUACGGCAGCUUUGGUAUCUUCUGGUAUAUGUUCUGGCUGCUGGUUUCCUAUGAGAGUCCUGCCCAGCACCCAACCAUCACCGAGGAAGAGAGGAAAUACAUAGAAGAAAGCAUUGGAGAAAGCGCCAGUCUUAUGAAUCCCCUUCUGAAAUUCAAAGCGCCCUGGCGCAAGUUCUUCACUUCCAUGCCUGUCUACGCCAUUAUUGUGGCCAACUUUUGCCGGAGCUGGACCUUCUAUUUGCUCUUAAUUAGCCAGCCGGCCUAUUUUGAAGAAGUCUUUGGCUUUGAAAUCAGCAAGGUGGGCAUGCUUUCUGCUUUGCCUCACCUGGUCAUGACGAUCAUCGUGCCCAUUGGGGGCCAAAUCGCCGACUACCUGCGGACGCGGAGGAUCAUGUCUACCACAAACGUCCGCAAGAUGAUGAACUGUGGGGGUUUUGGCAUGGAAGCCACACUCCUCUUAGUGGUUGGCUAUUCCCACAGCAAAGGCGUAGCAAUUUCUUUCCUUGUUCUGGCCGUGGGUUUCAGCGGUUUUGCUAUUUCAGGAUUUAACGUGAAUCACUUGGACAUUGCCCCCCGAUAUGCCAGCAUACUCAUGGGGAUCUCCAAUGGCGUGGGAACUCUGUCAGGGAUGGUGUGUCCACUCAUCGUCGGAGCUAUGACCAAACACAAGACACGGGAGGAGUGGCAAUACGUCUUCCUCAUCGCCUCUCUAGUGCAUUACGGGGGUGUCAUCUUCUAUGGGAUUUUCGCCUCUGGCGAGAAGCAGCCCUGGGCUGAGCCGGAAGAGAUCAACGAGGAGAAGUGCGGCUUCAUCAACGAGGACGAACUGGCCGACGAGGAGGACGAAGCGGCCCGCAUGGCCGCAGGAGGGGGCGGGGGAGGAGGAGGCGGGGGCUACGGCGCUACCAAGAGCACCAGUUUUGCCAAUGGAGGCUGGACGGCUGACUGGGACAAGAAGGAAGAAUACGUCCAGGAGCCUGGCAAAGAUUCGUAUAUGUACGGCACGCCAGGAGAGCGGGACUUGUCGUAGAGAUGCCCCAUCCCUCCUUCCGCGUGGGGUGCUGGGGCCUUGGUUCAGUCCUCUGGAGUGAGGGGGGAAAUGCCUGUGUUUAGGUUGCUUCUCCCCCUCCCCUUUCACUUUACCGUCCUUUCCCACCCGCCCCUCAGUUCUGGUACAACCGUCCAGAUCCACUGAAAACUGCCUCCCUCUUCAGCCUCAUACGCCUUGGUAAAAAAAACCCCAAGGGCACCCACACACCCCAAACCUCCCUCCUUCCUUUUCCACAGGCUCCUGUGUGUUGUCAUGACAACCGCCAUGCCUCACACAGACCCAACGCCACCUACUCUGACCCCUCCAGUUGUGGUACCUCCCCCUACCCUCAGGAUAUGGGGGCAAGGGGUGGGUGGAGUUAAGUUACACCCACACACCCCUUGAGCCCUACUAAAGACCUUUGGACACAGCGCAAUAGCACUGAUUUAUGACCUAUAGCCUCUGGGUUACCCAGGUGGAGGGAGCCAUAGGUCUGUGGCAGAAAAUGUGCUUCACAUACAUCAAGUUCUAGGUUUGAUUCCCAGUCUCUUCUAAUCGAAGGACGUCCAGGAGCGGCUCUGGGAAAGAUGGCUGGCUGAGCCUUGGAAGGCCUCUGCCAGCUAGAGUAGACAGUACUGGCCUAGAUGGGCCGAUGGUCUGGCUCCAUGUGAAGCAGGCGCCUCUAUUCAGCACCCCCCACCCCCGGGAUGGAGCUGUGUUUGGUCGCCUCACCCCCACUCUGCCACUCACUGCUUCAGCACCUUAGACCAGCCUGUCGCCAACCUAGUGCCAACCAGGUGUUUUGGACUACAUCUCCCAUCAGCCUGCAGCCAGCCUGACCAUUGUGGCCAGGGUUGAUGGGAGUUGUAGCGCACGACGCCUGGAAGGCACCAGGUUGACGAAGCCUGCCUUAGACUAUGCCUCAGGCCCCUCUCUUUCUUAGGAACAAAUCAAAUAUUUUCCCCUUCCUGUGAAUGUAUCUGGGGAGCUUUAAUUUGCGAGGGGCAGAGCAUCUUAUGCCUUCAGCAUUCAUGCGCCAAAAAUGACCCUGCACUGAGGAGGGGGCGGGGAGCAGCUCACCUUGACCCUAAGGCAGACCCCUGGCUCCUACGCUGAGAACCAGUCAAGCCAUGCUUCUUCUGUGGCACAAAUCCAGCCUCUCCGUUAAAAAUGCCCACAGGCCAUCAUUUCUAAAUACUCCACUUGCUUGUCACUGUAAAUGUGUGUUUUCCCCACCCCCCAAGCCACAAAAUGCUUUCAGUGCUACACUGGUUGACGUUUUCUCAAUGGACAAGUGAAAAUCUGCAUAGUGGUUUCGAGUGACACUGCCUCCCCGCCCCCAAAUACUUAUGGAUGGUAGUUUCAAGAGCCCCCUCCCCUUUACUUGCUCCAAAAAUAACUCUAGGCAUGUGUUCACACAGUGUUGUUAUAGCGCUUUCAGGCUUACAGUGCUUCAAAAUUAUUUGAAACCUAAAUUUUAAAAAAACCUUAAAAAAUAAUAAUCCAAGCUUUGUCACCAAAAACCUCAGUGGGGGGCAAAGGGUGGCUAUACUCCCUUCAAAUGUUGGACUCCAACUCCCAUCAGCCCCAGCCAGCAGGGCCAAUGGUCAGGGUCAAUGGAAGUUGUAGUCCAGUAACAAUGGAAGGGCCACAGGUCCCCCCCCCACUCUAGAUUCUUAACUAGAACAUGAUAAAGGUUCACACUAUGCUUAAAACAGUAUAUAUUAAAAGUGCUUCAAGUGCAGUUUUGAGUGGCUGUGAAACAUGAAACUGGCCACAUCUACAUUACAAAUUUAAAGCAGCUUGGUGGUAUUGUGUUUUACCUCUUUUGGUUUCUAUCAAAGAACCCUGGGGGUUGUUGGUGCCCAAGGGUGCUGAUCUGAUUAUUUUACUUAGCUAGUUCAUAGAUCUCUAUCCCGCUUUUUAGGAUACUCUCCUUGCAAAGCUGAUUAUUAUUAUGAAUUGUCUUUUCACCCCUUUUUUUACUCCCAGAAGGUGAUUGCAUCCUUUUGUCCUCACAUCCACCCCGUGAGCUAGGCUAAACUUACAGAGAAUGACUAGCUCAAGUUCAGCCGGUAGUUAAAUGAAGAAUUUGAACCCAGGUCUCCCUGGGCAAAUUUCAAAAUUCCAGCCACUAUACCACACUGAACCAUUAUCAAAUCAGCAAUUCCCAGAGAUCUUUGCUUAGAGGGCACAGGGACUGGUUUAAAUGUGUAGUGCAGACAUACUGUGUAAGCGCAAAUUAGUUAUCUGUGUUGUAAGCAUCACAAGCUAUUUACAGUGCAAUUGUAUGCAUGUUUACUCGGAAGCAAGCAUCUCUGAGUUCAAUGGGACAUACUCCCAUUGCAGCUGCAAGGUGCUUUAACUGCCUUAGUGUGAACACAACAUAGGGUUUUUGCACCAUGACAGGAGCCAGCAUUACCCAGUGGACACUAGAAUGUUCCGUUAGGAUGACCACCCCCAACCUGGUGCCCUGUAAGAUGUUUUGGACUACAACUCCCAUCAGCCCCAGCUAGCACGGCUCCCUGGCUGGAGCCGAUGGGAGUUGUAGUCCGAAAUAUCUUACAGGGCACCAGGUUGGGGAAAUACUGCUUUAGGGUCUGAGAUGUUUUGAGCGUUUCAUCUUAAAAUGGCCCCCAGCGACCCGUACAAAAAGGACAGCGGGCUACCUCAGAGGAUUGUUGGAAGGAUGGGCCAAAGAAGAUUGUAAAGCACUCUGUUAGGAAAUGAUUCCUAACGGUGUCAGCAAAUGCUGGGGUUGGCGGAGCUGUUGGUUUCUGGUCACCCCAAAACACACCUGCAGCUUUUGCAUCGGAAACCGACUUGCUUGAGUUCAUUGGAGUGCAAGUCGUUCGCCAUGUUCCAGAGGCACCUCCAAUAAUCCCACAGCUCCUUGCGGCAGUUGAUCCAGUCUCACAAAAGCCGGUUCCCAGAAUAGCAAGGGGCUGACAGCGUUCAGGCCCCAUGCUAGGGAAAGGCUCUCUCCCCCCCCACCCCAUAAGUUCUCCCCCCCUCAGCCCCCUCUGCCCCAAAGUUCCCUCUGUGGGUUGGUUGGUCUGUCUGGCGUUUGCUCUGUACGUGUAACCUCCCUCCCUGGAUAACCCCCAAACAGUUGGAAUAAAUACCCUGUUCUUGUGUAAAUAUAUAAAUAUAAAUAUUAUAUACGAAACCAAACAUGGGUUUGGAAAGGAGCGUGCUUGUGUGCGUGAUGCUGGGGGACUGAACUGCUGCUGCCUGACUAUCCUUCAUCCAUAAAUUUCUCCAUAUAUCCAUUCUCUAUUCAAUUAUGAUCAGUUUGGUUCUCUUUCAUAUAACGCCAGUCACAGUUUCUGCACACGCACCAUACAUUUAAAGAGGUUUGUUAAGGGUGCUGAAAGUCACAGAGAGAGACCCCUAUUCAUAGCUGUCUACGUUUCCCCCUUUUUAAGGGAAAUUACCUUAAUCCAAAUAGGAUUCCUCGCAGGAAAAGUUGACAGCUAUGCCCCUAUUCCCCUCAGAGAGCUACAAUUUCUAGAGUGGUUGGACAAUCCCUUUCCCAAACUCUGGGAACUGUAGCUCUGUGGGGGGAGUAGGGGCCUUCUAACAAUUCUCAGCACCCUUAAACUACAGCUCCCAGAAUUCUUUGGGGGAUUUAAAGUAGUAUCGCAACGCUUUGAAAGUGGAUGCGACUUUUGAGGGGAAUAUGGCAUAAGUCAAGCAUGAAAGGAGAAGGGGGAAAGAAAUGGCAGGAGAUGAGUAAAAAUUCUUUCAGGGUUGUGUGUAUAACAGAGGGGAGAGAAUAUAUAUAUAUAUAUAUAUAUAUAUAUAUAUAUAUAUAUAUAUCCCACCUCCUCCAGUUAGAACCUUUGAGCAAAUGGAAAGGUUGAGUCAUGAUACUUUCCAAGCCAACGUCUGUACAUAGCUUAAAGAAAGUUUAACUAUAGAAGUCGCAUCUCCUUACCACAAGAAAGUCACUGUGGCUAAGAAUGUGGCCUAUUCAAAAAAUGCAUUAGAUAUUAAUAGAAAACAAUUGCCAGUAAUUGCCACCCGAUUAGGAAAAACUGCCUUCCCUCCACCACCACCAUUUUGUUACUGGCUCUGGCCCAACACUGCUAUUUUGUGACUGGUGGCCUCAGUAAUUUUCAGCCCUCUCAGGUGGGCCCCGAAGCAGAAAAUUUGAGGACCCCUGUUUACAAAAUGCUUAUUCUACCUUUUGGGCAGCAUUUUGACACGGGCAGUGACAUAACAGGAAAUGGAGAUGGGUAAAUCAGUCAGUUUCUCUCAAGUUUCUCAUUUUUCCAGUUUCAGGUUCACUUCUCUAUGGUUCCCCAUACGUUAGACUUGUUUAUUUUUAAUGUCAGAUUUCUGCUGGCACACACAUUUUUAUAUGCACUUUUGCCUAAUAUACACAUUUUUGCAGUGCAAUGUUCUCUUGUCUAAAGCCUUCUGCGUGGUAUUUUCACAUAUAUAUAUAUUUUUAAUGCACUCUUUCCCUUAGUAUAUGUACACAUUAGUACACAUAUGUACACAUUUAGUACACAUCACUUGGCUUGAGAACUGCUUUGCAAAAUUCAGAGAAAUGCAAAUUUUGUAGGAUGGGUGCGUUUCAGUUCUCAUGUUGUUUUGAAAAGUGCAGAUUAGGUAAGUGCCCCUUUAGUUCCAAACUGAAUCAGAUCCCCACCCCCCACAUUCCUAUAAGGGAAGGGAUCCUAUCAUAUCAUAGCUCAGCAUACAUACAUUCUAGUCUAUCCACACACAAGGAGCUCAUCCCUAAAGGACAAUCCUACUGAAUGUACAGAGACUGUCCCCAGGACUGGAAUCCCUGAGCUAGGGGCACAGAAACAGAGUCUGAACACCAUUACCGGUAAUUCCCUCUGUUUCUCAGGGUCAGGCUGAAGAUGCCAUUGCCAUUCAUCCACGAGAGGGAGGCUUGUAAGGUGGGGGUGGGGAAACCCCACAAAGUUUGCAGAAGUACUGAGCUUUUUCUAAAGAAGCAGCUUUUAAGCAGGAGAGGGGAGAACUCUUGAAACACCCUAACAAGAGCUGAGCAUGCUCUGUGGCUAUGGAAUUCUGGCUGUUGGGGAGGCAGAGCGGCAAUGGAACGGAGUAUCCGGGACAGGGGGAGUCCGCUCUGCCGCUUCUUCUCGCUGCCCCCACUUGUAGAACAACAGGGCACAGCUGUAGACAACACAGAGCUGGGGUAGCCAGUUGGACCCCAAGCACCCAGCAGCCCCAGCCAGCAUGGCCAACGGUCAGGGAUGGAGUCCAAUACUGCACCAUCUGCAGGGAUGAUAGAGCCAGCUUGGUGUAGUGGUUAAGAGCAGUAGUCUUGUAAUCUGGUGAACCGCGUUCGCGUCUCCGCUCCUCCACAUGCAGCUGCUGGGUGACCUUGGGCCAGUCACACUUCUCUGAAGUCUCUCAGCCCCACUCACCUCACAGAGUGUUUGUUGUGGGGAGGAACGGAAAGGAGAAUGUUUGCCGCUUUGAGACUCCUUCGGGUAGUGAUAAAGUGGGAUAUCAAAUCCAAACUCUUCUUCUUCUUCAGGGUCACAGCUUCCCAUCCUAGUAAUCUAGAGAAGCAAGAGAUGGGCCAGUAUUCAGGCUCCUCAAGGUAAGGUUGCCGAUUCCAGAACCAGCAGGCCCAGCAACUGUUCCUUUACAAGCCAUUUGAUAUCAAGCUGUGCUUUGCUUUGCUUACGGAUUUAUUUAUUUUUUACAUAUCAUCCACCCCUCUGUUAAAGGGGUAGGAGCAAGUCAGGUUGCUUCCCGGCCCGCCCUGCCUGUUGGCAACUUUCUCUGUAGGCAGGAGGGGACAGCUAGGUUGGCACGUGGCUGGCCAGCUGCAGUCGGAUUAAACCAGGAAUAGACAGUUGGCUCAGGGAUUAUUAGGCGGAGGAGAGGGGCAGGGUGGGAGCCGAGGAAGAGGUUCAGGCAGGGCAGCUCAGAGAUGCAAAAGGAACUGUAGAGGAGAUAAACUAGCCGGUGUCAUGUCCUUUCAGCCCAGCUUCAGGUUGGCUGCUGGGAAACUGCAUCAUUUCAGGGUCACUCAGGUUCCUGCUGUGCUGGUGCUUGCUCAGGUAUUCACAGCUGCAAAACCCUGCAGUGUGUACUCCUGGGAGCACAGAGGGGAAAGUACACAGAGUCGAUUCACCAGGGAUCUCUGGGAUAGUGGAAGAGAGUCUUGUCCCAGAACAAAUCUCACUGAGUAGGCCUUGAGGCUGUGGGGAAGAUAAAGGAGUCAAUUUCAGGUUCUCUCUCUUUCUUAGUUUAGCCGUCUCCACACUUCAAAAUCAGUUCGUGAAUUUUUUCAAGCCCUCACGAAAAUUCAUAACUGUUUUAGCAUGCAGUUUUGCAAAGCAGUUUCCCCCUGGAGUAAUGCAUUUGAUUUUCUCUAACAGGCUUUAGUCUAGUCUGUGCAGUUCUGUGCAUGUUACUUUACUGGAGAGCUGCCUGGCUAAAUUCAGAGAAGUGCAAAUUUGGAAAGAUGGCUGUGUUUCAGUUUGCAUAUUGUUUUCAGAAAGUGCGGAUUAAGUUGGUUCGCCUUUAAACGUGGACUGAAUCAAAUUUAUCCUCCAAACCUACUUUACGUGAACUGAGUUCUAUCUCUUCAAGAAUGUCAUGAAAAAUUAUAUUCCGUCAUCACA